AUGGCUGACCGCGCUUCUCCGCGCUUUUUACAAUCGAAGCGUUCUCCAAGUCCUUUUACCUUCUUCUUCUCUCCUUCACAAACACUCAAAGGUCAGCCGUUGAUAGGCCUUGCCCCCGAUCACCAUGCACAUUCCCACUGCCUAUGGACAGCAAGCAGGUCCUUAGUCGUUUGCUCCCACAUUCCCUCUGGUACAGUAGUUUCUAUGGACCAACAAAACCACGGCACGUCGCUAUCACGGUUUGGUUCAAGUUUCAGUAGGGCAUCACAACUAUUUGCGCGAUGCUGGGGAAUGUCAACGAUCACACGGUGCCGGGGUGCCAUCUUUUUGACUGCACAUCAACGUCAUCCUCUGCUCCUUCCAGUGUGCAGUGGCCGACACACUUUGGAUGUUUAUAUGCUUGUAGUCUACAUUUACAUUGGCAUGUACAGUAGCACUGCUGCAAUAUAUUUUUCUGCAUACAUUUCGGAUAUUUUUCGGCAUUUUUGGCCUGACACUGGAAAGCUCCUUGAUCAUGUGAUAGAUCAGAUGUGA